AUGAGCGCCAGAAGACACCUGGUACUCAGCACCCGCCCCCCAGGCCGGGCACUGCCUGAGAAGGGAGAGCCGGACGCUCUGUCCACACUCGGCCCAGCCCAGGCCCCCUGCCGUGCCCGCCCCCCCACAGCCAGACCAGAAAGCGGUGCUGCGCCCGAGCAGCUGGUUCUGUCCCUCGCUGCCACCAGGGGCUGUCCCUGGCCGGGGGUUACCGGCCCCACCCCCCACCUCCCCUGCAGCCCGCUGUAUCUGGCGCUGUCUCCUGGAAGCCGGCCUGGCUCUGCUCCAAACAGCCGCGCUGUUUACUGUCCCCGCCGCAGCCCCAGGACCGCCGGCCUGAGCAAGCCCGAGCAGGCUGCGGCCCUCGGUCCACCACGCCCACACCCCGGGGCCCCGGGCAGAGACCACAAAGGAGGCGCAGCCGCAAUGGUGGACAGGGCCCUGCACGUCGCCAUGGCACCUGCCGGCCGCCGGCCCAGCCCUGGGAGGAGGGGCCCGAGAGUCUCCAAGGAGCAGCGGGCCGGGGGCGCUGAGGGCCGGGGGGCUGGGAGGCCGCAGGAGGCCGGCCCGAGGCUGAGCCAGGCCCAGGCCUAUCGGGACGUGGGGCCCAUCGGGACGUGA